AUGCCGGAACCCAUCGAGUCCAAAGAAGCGGUAACCCCAUCCAAUACGUCCAAACCGGAGGUAGGCUUGACGGGACGCAAAAUCAUCUAUGACAAAGAUGGAAAACCAUGUCGAAGCUGUAACAGCUUGCUAGAUUUCCAAUUUGCUACCGGGGGCAUUAAAGGAAUUGGUGCUACUAAGAAGGAGAAGUAUAACCCUUAUCCAAAAGAUAUUCCAGCAGAUGUAGAAGUAUUAGGAAAGUCGUCGUGGACAUUACUACAUUCCAUAGCUGCCAAAUACCCAGAGAAACCCGACACCAAGCGUCAGCAGGAUCUCAAGCAGUUCCUCACGUUAUUUGGAAGCUUCUAUCCUUGCUGGUUUUGCGGUGAAGACUUUGAAAAAUACAUAAAGAAACACGAGCCCAAAGUUGAAACUCAGGACUCAUUUGGAAAAUGGCUUUGCGAAGCCCAUAACGAGGUCAACGUCAAGUUGGGCAAGCCCAAAUUCGACUGUAACUUGUGGAAAAAGAGAUGGAAGGAUGGCUGGGAAGAGGAUCCAUGA